GGAGCUUAGUAGAAAACGUCGUCUUCGCGACAAUUCAUCGAAAUCUUCUUCAUCAAUCUCCUUUUCUUCGUCCCCAACCGUUCUUUCUUUCCUCUUCUUCCCCUCAACAAUGUCGUCUGGCAAAGCUACAGUUAAAUCCGUCCUUUCCGCUGAUAUGGUCGUCCUUAGUGGACGCCCUCGUGCUAGUGGUCCUCCUGCCAUUCGUACACUUGGUCUCAACUACAUUCAGGCGCCUAAGCUUGGAAACAAGGAUCGCCCUGAUGAGCCUUUUGCGUUUGCCGCUCGUGACUUCCUUCGUAAACUGCUAGUCGGAAAGGAGGUCAUGUUCAGAGUAGAUUACACGGUUCCUAGUACUGGACGCGAGUACGGCUCUAUUUAUUUAAAUCAAGAAAAUGUUGCCUUCACAUUGGUUCGCGAAGGCUGGGCUACUAUUCGUGAAAUCAAGCCAUCAGAGUCUGAGAACGCAGAUGUGGAAGCAUUGUACUCCUAUAAGGCCGAAGCGGAGGCAGCGAAGCGUGGUAUCUGGACAGACAAGGAAUCUGGUAUUCGCAAGGCUCAUUACAGUUUUGACGGUGAUGCCGAAGAAUUCCUCAAGACAUACAAAGGGAAAGCAUUGCCAGCUAUUAUUGAGAACAUCCGUGAUGGUUCCACUGUUCGAGCCUGCCUGAUGCUUCCUAAUGGCGAGCAUCAGUAUAUCACCCUUAUGAUUUCUGGCAUCAAGGCGCCCAUUAUCCGUCAAGGAGUUGCCAACGCUGAAGAUCUUAUCGAGCCAUUUUCUGUGGAGGCCAAGCACUUCGUGGAAACACGUCUUCUUCAGCGCGAAGUACGUAUUAUACUAGAAAUGGUUGGACACAACGGCAACAGCUUUUUUGGAACGAUUCAACAUCCUGCUGGAAAUAUUGCCGAAGCUCUAGUGUCCAACGGUCUUGCUAAGGUUGCCGACUGGAGCAUUACUCAUGUCACAGGCGGACCUGCAGCUCUCCGCGAGGCAGAGCGUAAGGCCCAGGCCUCGAGACUUCGUCUAUGGCAGGAUCAUGUAACCAAAGAUAAAGGACAGGAUCAUGAGUUUGAUGGCACUGUUCUAAGAAUCAUGACUGGAGACACUAUCAUAGUACGCAAUGCUAAGAAUCAGGAGCGCAAGCUUAGGCUCUCUAACGUUAAAGCGCCUACAAGACUUCCCCAACAAAAGGGAGUGGAAAUUGCUUCCUUUGACUAUGAAGCUAAGGAAUUCCUCCGUAAGAAGCUGAUCGGGAAGCACGUUCAUGUCACCAUUGAUUAUGUCAAACCUCCUUCGGACCAGUUCCCUGAGGCUACUGAGUGCGCCACCGUCAAGGUUGCAGGAACAAACAUUGCAGAACAGCUUGUUCUGAGGGGACUUGCUGAUGUUAUCAAAUCCAGAGAUGAUCGUUCCCAAUUCUAUGAUCAGCUUUUGGUUGCAGAAGCGAAAGCUAAAGAGGAAGGCAAAGGCAAGCAUUCUUCCAAAGAGCCACCUAAAUAUAAAUGGUCUGAUGCUUCAGAAAACGCCACCAAGGCUAAGCAGUUCCUACCCUUUUUCCAACGUGGGGGACGCACUUCAGCCAUCGUGGAAUAUGUUGCCAAUGGUUCUCGAUUCAAGUUGAUCAUUUCUAAGGAGAGCUGCAAGUUGACGUUCGUCCUUGGUGGUAUUCAUUGCCCCCGCGCUGCUCGCAAUCCUGGUGAGAAAUCUGAGCCAUUCGGAGCUGAAGCCUUGGAAUUUGUGUCCCGCCGCUGCCAACAGCGCGAAGUCGAAAUUGAAGUUGAUUCGAUUGAUAAGACUGGAGGCUUUAUUGGGACCAUGUGGAUCAACAAGAAUGAGAAUGUGGCUGCUCUGCUCUUGGAAGAAGGUUUGGCUGAGAUACAUAGCUACAGUGCUGAUCAAAGUAAGCAUUCCGCUUUGCUUUACUCUGCAGAACGUAAAGCCAAGCAGGAGCGUAAAAACCGAUGGGCCAACGAAGAUCCUGAUGCUGUUGUAGAUGAGGUGGAAGCUGUUGAUGAUGCCAAGCCCCUCAAGAAGGAAUAUCUUGAUGUUGAAGUUUCAGAGAUUAAAUCUGGAGGGCAUUUCUACGUCCAGAUCAUUAAUAAGCAUCUUGAUGGCCUCGAGAAGAUGAUGUCCGAACUCAGUGUCCACCUUAAGAACUCAACUGCUCCUCCAAAUUGGAAGCCGCGCACUAAUGAGAUUGUCAGUGCCAAAUUUACAGAGGACAAUCAGUGGUAUCGCGCCAAGAUCUUGCGGAAUAUUACUGAUCCUAAGAACGUCGAGGUCAUUUAUGUAGACUAUGGCAACUCGGAAACUAUUCCUUUGAGUCGCAUCUGCCCAUUGCCCGCACAGUGCAAUAGUCUUCCUCAACUAGCACACGAAGCUGUCUUGUCGUUCAUUAAGGUCCCAGAACUUAAAGCUGACUAUGGUGAAGAAGCUGCCAGACGUUUUGCAGAAAUGGUCAAGGGGCGUCCGCUAGUGGGAGUAGUUGAGCAGCGUGAACACAAUGUGAUGCAUCUUACGCUAUAUGAUCCUGCUAUUUCCCAGGAUCCUGAACGUAGUUUAAACGCCGAACUGGUGCGCGACGGUCUCGCUACUGUCUCUACGAAGGCUCAUUAUACUCGUCACCCUAGCAACCAGCCACUGGUUCUCAAGCUCCAAGAAGCAUCCGAGCUGGCCAAGCGUGAAAGACUAAAUAUAUUCGAGUAUGGUGACAAUACUGCUGAUGAUGAGGACUCUAGAUACUGAAAGGCC